AUGUCUGAAACAGCCUCAUUUGUGGACCCUGUCUAUCUAGCACGCUUCGGUCUCUUUCGAGCCAAUGUGCUGAACUAUUUCCUACAUCCUCUGAAUCCUUUUCGCACUCAAGUCAACACAUCAAAUGAAUAUCUCGAAAUGCAGCAAGUAACGAUUGGUCUGCUUAUGCAAAUAGGAAUCCCAAAUGCCAACAGUGGUGGCAUGUGUGUUCCAUUGCCUCCAAAGGCCGCAGAAGAAGAAUAUGCGCGAGCAUUAUCAAGACUGACGGGAGAGCAAUACGAACUCAUGCCUCCGGUGGACCCGCAACAAUACGCACAACCAUCACCGCUCUAUACGAUACGGCAUGUCUUGCGAAAAAACCCUAGCAGCGUCAAGGUUUUGGGAAUAUACUAUGUAGUGGAAGGUGUCAUUUACAAGUCUCCCUCGGUCCGUUCGCUGAUGAAAGCAAAUGUGACACGAACACUGGAAGGAUUGGCAGGUGCCUGUUCAGCGCUUAGUGUUUGCGCUCGAUUCCAACCAUCUAUGGGAUAUGCUUGGAAUUUCGACAAGGCAGUCGAUGAUUAUGACGACGUAGACCCAGUAGCACUCAUGAAGCUACACAAGCGGACCAAGCGACGAAAAGUUCUGGACAAUCGCAAGACUGGCGAACGAAAUGAAGCAGAAGAAGAAGGAUUGCGAGCCACCGGUGCGAUUGAUCAGAUAUUGGUCCGUCUGUCCAAGAGCAGUGUGCUGACUACUGGCUUGAGUAGUGCCCCUGGUGAUGGUGCAACGGAAACAAUAAACCCAGACAAUCAUACUACCAUUCUUGGCGGCAGCAGCAACGACGGCAAUAAUGAUGCAAACACCAAGAUUGCAGUGGCCGAACCCGCUUCCACGGAUUCACCAGCAUCUAUUCUAGGGAAGCGUGUCCGCGAUGAUGAAGUUGUCGCUGAAGGAGCAAAGCAAUAG